GAGAAUGCCCUCUUCAAAAGAAUUGAUGAUUUCCCUAAAAUAUCCAAUAAAGGUUACCAAAAACUUAGGGAACUAAGUGACCUGUUAAUGGAACUUCAGGUUUCUAAAGCCGAAGGAGACUUACCAGGACUUGCAUUCCUGGACACAGCCAGAGGUGUUAACCCCAUAGUGCAAAAGCUACCCUACAACUUGCAAGAACGGUGGAUGGCACAUGGGUCUAAAUUCAAACAAACAUACAAUGUCACAUUUCCCCCCUUCACUGUGUUUGUGGACUUUGUAUACCAGCAAGCCAAGAUGAGGAAUGACCCCAGUUUUGAUCUCACUCUGCCACAUGCCACCCAUUCAGUACCUAAUACUCGCAAAGCAGUAACAGUUCACAAAACUAAUGUUUCCUCUUCAGGUUCUUUCCACAGAUCUGCUGACAGCUCUCAGGAGGAGACAAACAACAAAGACCCUGGUAAGCAGUGUCCCCUACACCAAAGGCCUCACCCUCUUCUGAAAUGCAGAGCCUUCAGAGGAAAGUCCAUAGAUGACCGCAAAGCCUUCCUAAAGGAAAACCACAUCUGCUACAAGUGCUGCUCAUCAACAUCUCACCUUGCCAAGGACUGUAAGGUCAGUGUAAAAUGCACAGAAUGUGACAGCACACACCACAACACAGCAUUACACCCUGGGCCAGCCCCGUGGACAUUACCUCACAACAAGGGUACUAGCGAGCAUGGCGGGGAGGAAGGUGACACUGCUACAACUACACCAGAGGUCACUUCACAAUGUACAGAAGUCUGCAAAGGAGCCAUAGGUGGCAGAUCCUGCUCCAAAAUCUGCUUAGUCAAAGUAUACCCGAAAGGCCAAAGGGAUAAAGCUAUUAGACUUUAUGCAAUCAUGGACGAUCAGAGUAAUGGAUCUCUAGCCUGUCCAGCCUUCUUUGAUUUAUUCAAUAUCAAAGGCCCAAGCAUUCCUUACUCCUUAAAGACUUGUGCAGGAGUUAUUGAGACAGCAGGGAGGAAGGCAUCUGGCUACCAAGUAGAGUCCAUAGAUGGACAAAUAUGCUUGCCUUUGCCACCUAUAACUGAGUGCAGUCGGAUACCAGAUAAUAGGACUGAGAUCCCUACACCAGAUGCAGCACUGCACCAUGCACACUUGAAAUGUAUAACGCACUUAAUCCCUGAACUUGACCCUAAGGCCCAGAUAAUGCUUCUUCUUGGAAGAGAUAUCCUACGGGUCCACAAAGCAAGGGACCAGAUAAAUGGUCCUCACAAUGCACCUUAUGCUCAGAAGCUAGACCUUGGAUGGGUCAUCAUAGGUGAUGUAUGCCUGGGAGAUGUACACAGACCAACCAACAUCAACACUCUGUAUACUAACACAUUAGAGAAUGGCCGCCCUUCUCUUUUUCAACCAUGUCCAAAUCGCUUUCUGAUUAAAGAGAUUCAGAAUAACGCUUAUCUAACCAACCUCUUAGGAGAGAGCUAUCCCUGCGCUAAGGAUGAUGAUCAUUUGGGUUGCAACGUGUUCCAGAGAUCCAAAAAUGACAAUCAACUUUCCCUUUCCAUAGAGGACAAAAUCUUCCUGGAAAUCAUGGAUCAAGGUCCAGACCUCAACAACAAACUCUUGGGGGUACUCAUACGUUUCCGCAAAGACCCUAUUGCCUUUAUAGCAGACAUCCAGCAAAUGUUCCACAGCUUUCUUGUGAGAGAAGAUCAUAGGAACUUCUUGAGAUUCUUCUGGUUCAGAGACAAUGAUCCAGCGAAAGAUGUCCUAGAGUACCGCAUGAAAGUGCAUGUGUUUGGAAACAGCCCUUCCCCUGCAGUGGCCAUAUAUGGGCUCAGACGGUCUGCCCAGGAAGGAGAAGUUGACUAUGGCAGAGAUGUCACACAAUUUGUUGAGAGAGACUUUUAUGUAGAUGAUGGUCUGAAAUCAUCACCCUCUGAGGAGACAGCAAUCAGUCUGCUUAAGAGAACACAAGACAUGCUAGCCUGUUCCAACCUCAGACUGCACAAAAUAGCCUCCAACAGCAUAGAGGUAAUGAAAGCCUUCCCUUCCCAAGACCAUGCUAAUGAUUUAAGAGACCUAGAUUUGGGUACAGACACAUUACCUGUACAACGCAGCCUUGGCCUAAACUGGGACUUGAAAUCUGACACAUUUACAUUUCAAGUGAACAAGGAUGAGAAACCCUUCACUCGCAGAGGAGUCUUAUCUACAGUAAAUAGUUUGUAUGACCCUCUAGGAUUUGCAGCUCCAGUGACUGUUCAAGGCAAAGCUCUACUACGAGAACUAACUGUGGAAUCUUGUGACUGGGAUUCCCCACUCCCAGCAGCAAAGGAACAAGUCUGGAUAGAAUGGAGAGACUCUUUAGGAGCAUUGUCUAGCAUUCAAAUUCCAAGGCAAUACACUUGUACUCCUGCUGCAGGAAGAAAAGAAAGGAAGCUUUGUAUAUUUUCCGAUGCUUCAACCAAAGCAAUAGCUGCUGUUGCCUACCUUAAGACUGUAGAUUGCAAAGGACAGUGCCACAUUGGAUUCAUUAUGGGUAAAGCAAAACUAACUCCACAACCUGAGCACACUAUACCCAGAUUAGAGCUAUGUGCAGCUGUGUUAGCAGUGGAAAUGGCUGAACUCAUCACUUCAGAAAUUGAUCUUCAACUAAGUGAGGCUGAAUUCUACACAGAUAGCAAGGUAGUGUUGGGCUACAUCUGCAAUGAGACCAGACGAUUCUAUGUCUAUGUAAGCAACAGAAUUCUGCGCAUACGGAGAUCAACACACCCAAAACAAUGGCACUAUGUACCUUCUGAGAAAAAUCCAGCAGAUCAUGCAACAAGAGCUGUACCCGCAGCUUGUUUAAAACAAACCUCCUGGUUUACAGGGCCUUCUUUCCUGUAUUCAUCUGAACAGAAUGACCCUGCUGAUGGGUAUGAACUAAUUGAUACAACAUCUGAUCCAGAGAUUCGUCCACAAGUAUCUACACUCUGCACUGAUACUUCAAGUAUGCACCUUGGGUCUCAUCGCUUCAAGAGGUUCUCCACUUGGAAGUCUCUAGUCAGAUCUAUUACCUGUCUGCUUCAUAUAGUGAAGUCCUUCAAGAAGGGUUUCCCUUCAACAUCCAACUGCAAAGGCUGGCACUACUGUCAAAGGGCACAUACCGUUGAUGAACUUGAGCAAGCCAGAAACAUCAUUCUUCUAAGUGUACAGCAGGAAACAUAUGCUAAAGGGCUUGAGUGUAUCAAAAGCAAAAAGGCUAUUUCCAAAGACAGUGUGUUAAAGAAACUUGACCCAUUUAUUGAUGAAAAUGGCUUACUGAGAGUUGGUGGUCGCAUCAUGAAAGCUACACUUGAACAAGAAGAGAAAAACCCACUGAUAAUUCCCAGCAAUCAUCACAUUGCAUCUUUACUUGUUCUACAUUAUCACCAACAGACAAGACACCAAGGACGUCUGUUUACAGAAGGUGCCCUGCGUGCAGCAGGAUUCUGGAUAGUUGGAGCAAAGAAACUUGUAAGUAGUGUUAUCUUCAAAUGUGUCACUUGCAGGAAACUUCGUGGCAUGUUUCAGACUCAGAAAAUGGCUAAUCUGCCAGCAGACAGACUUAGUACUGAACCUCCAUUUACAAAUGUUGGCCUUGAUGUAUUUGGCCCCUGGUCUGUGACUUCACGCCAUACUAGAGGGGGUCACGCUAAUAGCAAACGCUGGGCAGUAAUGUUUACUUGUUUGAGUAUCCGGGCAGUACACAUAGAGGUUAUUGAAUCCAUGGAUACUUCCAGUUUUGUCAAUGCUCUCAGGAGAUUCAUAUCAAUUCGAGGGCCAGUGAAAAACAUUUACUCUGAUAGAGGGACUAAUUUUGUGGGAGCCUGUAAAGAGCUAAACAUUCCUUCAAACAUUGACAAAAAUCUUGUUGAAAAAUACUUGUCUGACCAAGGUUGUGCAUGGACAUUCAACCCUCCUCAUUCUUCCCACAUGGGAGGUGCUUGGGAAAGGAUGAUAGGAAUAGCACGCAGAAUUCUUGAUUCUAUGUUCUUACAGGAAGGGUCAACAAGGCUUACUCAUGAGACUCUCACUACUUUCAUGGCAGAAGUAGCAGCCAUUAUGAAUGCCAGACCUUUGACCUCUGUAUCCAAUGACCCUGAGGAUCCCUUCAUACUUACUCCAUCCACCUUGCUUACUCAAAAGGUCAGUACCAUCAAAGCUCCUCCUGGUGAGUUUGAUACCAAAGACUUAUAUAAGCGCCAGUGGAGACAAGUUCAAAGUCUUGCUAAUACCUUUUGGGACAAAUGGAAGAAGCAGUACAUCUUCACCUUACAGUCUAGGAAUAAGUGGCAGUCUGACAAACAGAACAUUGAACCUGGCAACAUUGUUCUCAUGAAAGACUCUCAGAUCAAGAGAAAUGAGUGGCCUCUAGGACUUAUCACCAGAGUUUUCCCAAGUGAGGAUGGAAAAGUCCGGAAAGUGGAGGUCAAGGUUGUAAGGCAGAAUGAGACUAAACUUUUCCUUAGACCUAUAUCUGAACUAAUCCUAUUGCUUUCUUCCACAGAACUUUCAAAUGGGUGAUAUCUUACAGUAUCAGACGGGGAGUGUUAUGCCUCCAGCACUGUUUUAUUGUUUUAUUGCACCACCUUGUGGUUUCUUGAGGUAUAUGUUUUGAUUGU